AUGAUUUAAUCUAUUCCUCUUACUCUUGAUUAGAUUUAUGGUGUUAAUUUUAAGAGAGUACCAAUUUUUUUAGCUGAAAUGGAGGGAACCAAUCCACUCCCCAUAAAUGAGACUGACGAAGAUUAGUAUUCAGAAAAAAAUUCACGAGAAUAAUAAAAAAGAUCACUACCGCCAUUACAGAAAGUGGAUAUACGAGUCAUGGUAGACAAGAAGAGGAGGAGACAAAAUGUUCACAAAUCUCCUGUUGUUUCCUCCUAAUUAGAAUAACAUAUUGGGUUUAGAAAUUCAUUUUAUAGGAAUAACAAAAUCAAUUUGGCAUCCAGACAGAAAAUAGAAGAAAUUAAAAAUAGAGAAUUAGGUAUAUACACCAAAUAUGCUCAACGAUUCAAUGUCCCGAAAUCUUAAAUAUGGAAUUGA